AUGGCUGAGAACACUAAAGAUGCAGCCUCUUUAUUGGCUUCUUUGAAGAUUGAUUCUGAAAAACCUGUUGAAAAGAAGGAAGAACCAGUAAAAGUUGAUGAAAAGAGUACUGAAACUCCAGAACCUACUGCCGAAGUUGAGAAUAAAACUGAAGAGAAACCAAAAAAAGAUGAUGAUUCAAGUUUAGUUAAGUCUGAAUACGAAGUUAAAGUCAAGUUAGCCGAUUUACAAGCUGAUCCAAAUUCACCAUUGUACAGUGUUAAAUCUUUUGAAGAAUUAGGUUUAGUACCUGAAUUAUUGAAAGGUUUAUACGCUAUGAAAUUUCAAAAACCUUCAAAAAUUCAAGAGAGAGCCUUGCCUUUAUUAUUGAGUAAUCCACCAAGAAAUAUGAUAGCUCAAUCUCAAUCAGGUACUGGUAAAACCGCGGCAUUCUCUUUAACUAUGUUAACUCGUGUUGAUCCUACAAAGGAUGUCACUCAAGCUAUUUGUUUGGCUCCAUCAAGAGAAUUGGCUAGACAAACGUUAGAAGUUAUUCAAGAAAUGGGAAAAUUCACAAAGAUUACAUCCCAAUUAAUUGUUCCUGAUUCUUACGAAAGGAACAAACCCGUCACUGCAAAUAUUGUUGUUGCCACUCCUGGUACUGUGUUGGAUUUAAUGCGUAGAAAACUGCUAAUAGUUAACCAUGUUAAAAUUUACGUUCUAGAUGAAGCUGAUAAUAUGUUAGAUAAACAAGGUUUAGGAGAUCAAUGUAUUCGUGUAAAGAAGUUUUUGCCAAAGACUGCCCAAUUGGUAUUAUUUAGUGCAACUUUCGAUGACGCAGUUAGAGAAUAUGCUAAAAAAGUAGUGCCAAAUGCGAAUACCUUGGAAUUACAAAGAAAUGAAGUUAAUGUUGCCGCUAUUAAACAAUUAUACAUGGAUUGUAAUAACGAAGAUCAUAAAUACGAAGUUUUAUGCGAACUUUACGGUUUACUAACAAUUGGUUCAUCUAUUAUCUUUGUUUCUACAAAGAAGACUGCCAAUUUAUUAUAUGCUAAAUUAAAGCAAGAAGGCCAUCAAGUUUCCAUUUUACAUGGUGACUUGCAAAGUACUGAAAGAGAUCGACUAAUUGAUGAUUUUAGAGAAGGUAGAUCUAAGGUUUUGAUAACAACCAAUGUUUUAGCUCGUGGUAUUGAUAUUCCUACAGUUUCAAUGGUUGUCAAUUAUGACUUACCUACAUCACUAAAUGGUCAAGCUGAUCCAGCUACAUAUAUACAUAGAAUCGGUAGAACUGGUAGAUUUGGUAGAAAGGGUGUUGCUAUUUCAUUUGUUCAUGAUAAGAAAUCUUACCAAGUUUUAUCUAAUAUUAAGGAUUACUUUGGUGACAUUGAAAUGACUCGUGUUCCAACAGAUGACUGGGACGAAGUUGAAAAAAUCGUCAAGAAAGUAUUAAAAGAAUAG